CAGUUUGCCUGUGAAUGUCUGCCGGGCAGGGAGAAGCCACCAAACAUUCAGGCCUCCCUCCUUGCCAAGGAGUCCAUCUGAAGGGCUGCUGCUGGCUGUUGGGACUGCAGAGACGAGGGUCUCCGUGGCAUCGCUUUCCUGGAAAGGAGGGAAGGCAGCUGCCCAGGCGGCCAGCAGUGUGAGAAGUCUGUUCCAGGGAGCGAAUGGGUACUUGGGAAUGGAAAAUCCAAGGGGAGAAAACCACCAGCAAGGAAACGCAGUGCAAACCGCGGCCACGAAGUCCAUACGUUAAAAUAUACAGCGCCCAGGGGGCCUGCGUCGGAGGGAAGCGAAUUGGCUGGACUGAGAGCUCCGUGGUUUUCUGUGCAGACGGAUUCGGCUGGAGAAGCUAAGAUUGGGGCUGAGCCUGGGAGAAGCCCUCCAGUGUUGGGGCUGCAGCUGGGCAGAGGGACAGAGACCAGUGGCUCUAGCCCGCGGCUGGAGGGCCAGGCAAGGUGCCCCCGCCCCCUCAGAGGUCAAGCAUGAAUUCAGUCCUGACAAAGUACGGCUCUCCCCCUCGCAGCUGGCUCAGCUUUCGUCCGGGAACCAAUGACGGGAGCCUGGCAGAGGAGAAGGGAUUGCGCUGUCAGAACCCUGACUGCAUGGACAAGGGGAGGGCAGCCAAGGUAUGCCACCACGCCGACUGCCAGCAGCUGCACCGCCGGGGACCCCUCAACCUCUGCGAGGCCUGUGACAGCAGGUUCCACAGCGCCAUGCAUUAUGACGGGCAUGUCCGCUUUGACCUGCCCCCACAAGGUUCUGUCCUGGCCCGGAACGUGUCCACCCGGUCAUGCCCGCCGCGCACCAGCCCUGCAGUGGACUUGGAGGAGGAGGAGGAGAGCUCUAUGGAUGGCAAAGGAGACCGGAAGAGCACAGGCCUGAAACUCUCCAAGAAGAAAGCCAGGAGAAGACACACAGAUGACCCGAGCAAGGAGUGCUUCACCCUGAAAUUUGACCUGAAUGUGGACAUUGAGACCGAGAUCGUACCAGCCAUGAAGAAGAAGUCGCUGGGGGAGGUUCUGCUGCCCAUAUUUGAAAGGAAGGGCAUCGCAUUGGGCAAAGUGGAUAUCUACCUGGACCAGUCCAACACGCCCCUGUCCCUCACCUUCGAGGCCUACAGGUUUGGUGGCCACUACCUGCGGGUCAAAGCCAAGCCAGGGGACGAGGGGAAGGUGGAACAGGGAGUGAAGGAUUCCAAGUCCCUGAGUCUGCCAAUCCUGCGGCCAGCUGGGGCCGGAACCCCUGCCCUGGAGCGUGUGGACCCCCAGAGCCGCCGGGAGAGCCUGGACAUCCUGGCCCCCGGCCGCCGACGAAAGAACAUGUCGGAGUUCCUGGGGGAGGCCAGCAUCCCUGGACAGGAGCCCCCUACGCCUUCCAGCUGCUCUCUGCCCAGCGGCAGCAGUGGCGGCAACGACAGCUGGAAGAACCGGGCGGCUAGUCGCUUCAGCGGCUUCUUCAGCUCGGGCCCCAGCACCAGUGCCUUCGGCCGGGAGGUGGACAAGAUGGAGCAGCUGGAGGGCAAGCUGCACGCCUACGGCCUCUUCGGGCUGCCCCGGCUGCCCCGGAGGCUGCGCUUUGACCACGACUCGUGGGAGGAGGAAGGGGAUGAGGAGGAGGAGGAAGGGGACGCCUGCCUGCGGCUGGAGGACAGCUGGCGGGAGCUCAUCGAUGGGCAUGAGAAGCUGACCCGGCGGCAGUGCCACCAGCAGGAAGCGGUGUGGGAGCUGCUGCACACAGAGGCCUCCUACAUUAAGAAACUGCGGGUGAUCACCAAUCUGUUCCUGUGCUGCCUCCUGAACCUGCAAGAAUCGGGGCUGCUGUGUGAGGUGGAAGCCGAACGCCUGUUCAGCAACAUCCCGGAGAUUGCGCGGCUGCAUCGCCGGCUGUGGAGCAGUGUGAUGGCGCCGGUGCUGGAGAAGGCGCGGCGCACGCGGGCGCUGCUGCAGCCUGCAGACUUCCUCAAAGGCUUCAAGAUGUUCGGCUCCCUCUUCAAGCCCUACAUCCGUUACUGCAUGGAGGAGGAGGGCUGCAUGGAGUACAUGCGCGGCCUGCUGCGCGACAACGACCUCUUCCGGGCCUAUGUCACGUGGGCCGAGAAGCACCAGCAGUGCCAGCGGCUGAAGCUGAGCGACAUGCUGGCCAAGCCCCACCAGCGGCUCACCAAAUACCCGCUGCUGCUCAAGUCGGUGUUGAGGAAGACCGAGGAGCCACACGCCAAGGAGGCCGUCGUCACCAUGAUCGAUUCCGUGGAGCGCUUCAUCCACCACGUGAACACGUGCAUGCGCCAGCGACAGGAGCGGCAGCGGCUGGCAGCAGUGGUGAGCCGCAUCGACGCCUACGAGGUGGUGGAGGGCAGCAACGACGAGGUGGACAAGCUCCUAAAGGAAUUUCUGCACCUGGAUCUGACAGCGCCCAUCCCUGGCGCCUCCCCUGAGGAGACACGACAGCUGCUGCUGGAGGGGAGCCUGAGGAUGAAGGAGGGGAAAGACAGCAAGAUGGAUGUAUACUGCUUCCUCUUCACGGACCUGCUCUUGGUGACCAAGGCAGUGAAGAAGGCUGAGAGGACCAAGGUCAUCAGGCCACCACUGUUGGUGGACAAGAUUGUGUGCCGGGAACUGCGGGACCCUGGCUCCUUCCUCCUCAUCUACCUGAACGAGUUCCACAGCGCUGUGGGGGCCUACACGUUCCAGGCCAGCGGCCAGGCCUUGUGCCGGGGCUGGGUGGACGCCAUUUACAACGCCCAGAACCAGCUGCAGCAACUUCGUGCACAGGAGCACCCAGGCAGCCAGCAGCACCUGCAGAGCCUGGAAGAGGAGGAGGAUGAGCAGGAGGAUGAGGAGGAAGAUGAGGAAGAAGAGGAAGGUGGGGAGAGUAGCGCUUCCGCUGCCAGCUCCCCCACCAUCCUGCGGAAAAGCAGCAACAGCCUGGACUCUCAGCACUGUGCCUCGGACGGCUCCACGGAGACACUGGCCAUGGUUGUGGUGGAGCCUGGGGAGACACUGUCCUCUCCCGAGUUCGAGGGCGGUCCCUUCAGCUCCCAGUCUGACGAGACCUCUCUCAGCACCACUGCCUCAUCUGUCACACCCACCAACGAGCUGCUGCCCCUGGGCCCGGCGGACAGCCGCUCCUGCUCUAUGGACUCCGCCUACGGCACCCUCUCCCCCACCUCCUUGCAAGACUUUGUGACCCCAGCCCCUCUGACGGAGCCAGCACCCCGGCCCCCAGAGUUACCACCAGCCCCUUCACCCCCUCCCUCACCCCGCCUCCGCCGCCGCACCCCUGUCCAGCUGCUGCCCCGUCUACCCCACCUGCUCAAGUCCAAAUCUGAGGCCAGCCUCCUCCAGCUGCUGUCAGGGGUCACCUACGGAGUGCCCUUAGCCUCCAGCCGCAGCCUGUCAGAACUCUGCUUGGCCGCUCCAGUUCCUGGUGCUAGGACUCAGUGCUCCCCUCAGGAAGCUGGGCCCAGCUGGAAUUGCAGGGGGCCACCCAGCCCUGGCAGUGGCCCCGAGCUAUCAGAAAUGGAGGGCAGAACCAACUGCCUGGCUGAGGAGCCUGAAGGACCUGCCAACAGGAGCCGAGAGCUGCCUUCCGGGGCCUUGCCCAGGGUCCAGCCCGAGCUCCCCCCAGGGAUCUCCGCCCAGCACAGGAAGCUGACGCUGGCCCAGCUCUACCGAAUCAGGACCACCUUGCUGCUUAACUCCACGCUCACUGCCUCGGAGGUCUGAGCAGAGCGAGGCCCUCAAGGGUGCCACUGACCACGGAACAGCAGACAGCAUGCCUCCCGGGGUAUGCCGGCCUCUGUUCCAGCCACUGCCUUGUGUAUACACAAGCCGGAGUGCCAGGCAGGACCCCUGCCACCACCCCGGGCCAAUUGCACUUUGCCAGACUGGAUGGACGUGGAGAAGGGCUUGUCAGAGCCCAAGACCCAGGCUGCAGUACCCCUCCCCUGUCGCUAUCUUCACUAACCUCCCCCCACAUACACACCUGCGCAGGCAGGAUCCCUUCCCUGC